CAUAGGGUGCUUAAACAUAUAUAAAUGAAAAUAUAACGCAGAGAGCAGUUAUAGCUCUUGUCGAGUACAAUGAAGGCUGCUGUGUUGCUUGUUGCUGCGCUGGUAGCAGUGGCGGAGGUCCACGGGCAACCAGAAGAGUCUACCACCGUCACCAUUUCGAGUGACAAACUAACCACCAGCAACAUCACAGCGGAGAGAACAUUUUUGGCGAAGUCAUGGUACACGGGAGAUGACGAUACCAUUUGUGUAGAGUCAGACAACAAGUUCUACUUGUAUGUUAAUGUGUUGAAGCUCUAUUCUUGCUACCACCAGCUACGAAAAGUUUACGUGGUGAAACCAAGGAGUCAGUGUGAACCACAACUGUCAGAUUGUCCCAGGCACUAGGAGUAUUGCAACUCUGUGGGCUCAGCUUGAAGGGAGUAAUUCGUCUGCGAGAGAGUGAGGACUAAAUGGCUGUCCUGCUGACUGAAGACAUCUGCUGUUUCCAGAGGAGCCAAGAAACUGCAAGAGCGUCAGAACUUAGCUAGUUUACUCAAACAUCUUUCUCUUGUUUCUGUAAUAGUUGUAUACUGACGCUAUAAAUGUGUAGUUUCAUGA